CCGAACUUGACUUCGACAACCGAGGUAGCUCAAUUAAUGACCGCCGUUCUCUCACCUUCAGAUCCCCUUCGGAGGGAACGGCUCAUGUCUCUAGACGACAACCAUCUCAGUUACUCCUCAUCGAACGACUGGCGGGACAAGUACAAUGAGGUUGCUGACAUGCUCGCGGAAACUCGAGCAGAGCUCGACGAGUUCCAGGUAGCGAGCAGAGAGCUUGAAGCAGAGUUGGAGGCAGAACUCCAAAGGACAGAGAAAGCUCAGCAGGAUCUCAAGGUCAAAGUGGCCCGUGCGGAGACAGAGCGGGACGAUUGGAAGUCCAAAUUUAUGACUUUGCAAACCACCCACAAUACCGCAACUACGACUCUCCAGCGGGAGCUGGAUAAGCUGCGGCAGGAGCACCAGCAGAUUAAAGUGCAACUGCGCGAACUGGAAAUGGGCAACGAUGACCUGGAGCGAAAUGAGCGUGCAGUUUCCUCCAGCUUGGCAGACAUCGAAGCGAAGUACUCCAAGGCUUUGGAAGAGAAGAUCAUACUCGAGCAAGAGAUAAUCGACAAGGCCAAUCUUGAGGAGGAAACACAGCGAUUGAAAGACGAGCUCAGAGAUGCCAACGUUGAGAUAUCGAUAUUGAAGGAUCAGCUAGCAGCGCAAACCAGACGAGACUUCGGGUCUAUCGCGCCUUCCAGCCGCUUCUCACAAGCUACGCAACAAUCAGAAGACGACCUGCUGAAAACCGAGGCGCCUGACGAUCUUCAACUCGAAGAUCUUACUCCAAGCUCAUCUGACAGCCUCCCUUCUGCUUCAGGUGGUUCGGCCGUUGAGGCCACUCCUAAAGCCAAAGUGCACUCUGCUUUCGUCGGUCGAUCCGGCGCCGUACCGUUCAGAUCUCACAUUGCCACUCCACCGAGUAGCUCUGGGAUCGCUCGUUCCACAGCUCUACCUUCACUUUACAGCUCCAGUCCUCGAGCCAGUCCUUCGUUCCGACCAUCCACUGCUCGCAACCCGUCCGCUGUGAGCACGAAUUCGACUUCGAGCACCACUUCCAAGAGCAAAGGGGUUCAGAUGGUAUCUGAAAUGCGUGCCCGGGUCCGUAACCAGGCCAUCCCCAGCGUCCGGGACAUCAACUGCUACCAACAGCACUGUCGGGUCGACGUCCAGCAAGACAUCCGUGCGAACCAGCUGGGAGAGCCUGACGUCCACUUCCAGGAGAAGUGGCGAUCCACCGAAACCUACCAGUGACAGUGAUUCGGACAAGAUCAAGAAGGGUCGCGAAUCAGCGGGGUGGGUAUUGAUAAUGGAAGACUCGCCUUCACCGCCCAAACCGAAACCCGGAGAAAGGCGAAGGCCGUCGAGUCCUCUCGAUCCCAUCCCAUAUCGGCCCGCUGCGUCGACGUCUAUGGCCACCGGUACUCCGAAGCCGAUGAGUCCGACUAAUCCAUUGAAUCAGAGCAUGCUGCCCACAAGUGGUUUGCGGCGUCCCCAAUCGCGAUUGUCCAGUGGCUCUGCGACCAUCUCUAUCCCGUCCUCCUCGUCUUCUUCUUCUCGGCCGUCCACGCCGACCUUCCUACCUGUUCCAACUGCUGGCUUGUAUGCGCAUCAGACCACAGCCGGGUUGACUGGACUGAAGCGACCGACGGGGUCAGCAUCAACUACACCCUAUGCAAAGCGCUCUUCCUUGGGCGCCAGUACGGCAGCAAUGCCUCCGCCUCCGUUGCCCAAAGGGCGGCCGAUGACAAUGCCUCCGUCUGUACGACCGAAUUCCGAACAGUCCGACAAGACUUUACCACAGUUGCCCGGUCACGCGAACGUCACAAUCCGACCGGCCAAGUCGAUCUCCUCCGCUGCGUUAGGACAAAGCAGAAUUGGAAGACCCAGCAGUGGACGGAGAAGCAGAGGAGAUGACGGGCCCCGACCUCGUUCCGGGAGCACUGCGAUGUAAUGGUAUUGUACUACGAUAAUUAUGCUGUAGCACGACGUAUAUUUUCUACGAUUUUCGAUGUGGAUCUACUUAUCUACUUAAAACUUGUUGGACGCAAGAA